AUGGACCUUUCAUUCAAUCAAUUGUCUGGUCGAAUACCAGAUUCUAUUGGAAGCUUGAGCUCUCUUUCUCACAUGGACCUUUCAUUCAAUCAAUUGUCUGGUCGAAUACCAGAUUCUAUUGGAAGCUUGAGCUCUCUUUCUCACAUGGACCUUUCAUUCAAUCAAUUGUCUGGUCGAAUACCAGAUUCUAUUGGAAGCUUGAGCUCUCUUUCUUCCAUGGACCUUUUAUGGAAUCAAUUGUCUGGUCGAAUACCAGAUUCUAUUGGAAACUUGAGCUCUCUUUCUCACAUGGACCUUUCAUCGAAUCAAUUGAGUGGGAACAUUCCCACUAGUCUUGGUCAGCUUUCAAACCUCUAUUCCCUCGUUCUUUCGUAUAACCAGUUGAGAGGGGAUGUUUCUGAAAUUCACUUCACCAAACUCUACAAUCUCACCUACUUGGAGUUGUCUGGUAAUACAUUGAUAACGUGGAACGUCAGCCGUCAUUGGAUUCCUCCCUUCCAACUGAAGUAUUUGGAUUUAAGCUCCUGCUGGAACAUGGGACCCCAAUUCCCAAACUGGCUUCAAACACAAACACAUCUUGAACGCUUAGAUCUUUCAAAUUCGAGUAUAAGAGACAGCAUACCAGAGUGGUUUCACAACAUCUCCUCUCAUCUUCAAUACUUGGAUCUGUCCGACAACCAGAUCGGACCCGAAUUCCCAAAUAUUCAAACAUCAACUCAUCUUGAAUAUUUAUUUCUUUCAUAUACGAGUAUUAGGGAUACAAUACCAGAGUGGUUUCAAAACAUCUCCUCUCAUCUUCUCUACUUGGAUCUGUCCGACAACCAGAUCCAUGGAAAUCUGCCACGAAUAAUAGCGAAUAUCAACACAGGUAUGCAAUUACUGGAUAAUACUAUAACUUUUUAUUCUUGCAACAUAAGAGAUAUGUUUGGAUAA